GAACAAGGCGGCCAUUGUUAAAGCAGGAACUGUUAACAAAAUGCUUAAACUGAUCGGGCCUGAUGAUUCCACAAAUCCAUCUAUUUCAGAAGCCAUAGUUGCGAAUUUCCUAGGCUUGAGCGCAUUAGACACCAAUAAACUGGUAAUUGGGUCAUCGGGUGCAAUUCCAUUCCUGGUGAAGAACUUACAUAACUCAGAUCAGAAAAAUAGCUCGCAAGUCAAGCAAGACGCUCUUCGUGCACUUUAUAACCUUUCCAUUUUCCCAUCCAAUGUUCCAUUUAUCUUAGAAACCAAGUUGAUCCCAUUUCUCCUAAAAAUGAUGGCAGACAUGGAAGUAAGCGAAAGAGCCCUCUCUAUUCUGAGCAAUGUGGUAUCGAUCCCUGAAGGUCGAAAGGCCAUCAGCACUUUCCCAGAUUCAUUCCCAAUUCUGAUUGAUGUCUUAAAUUGGGCUGAUUCGCCAGGGUGCCAAGAGAAGGCCUCCUACAUUUUAAUGGUAAUGGCACACAAAUCAUAUAAUGAUAGGCAGGCAAUGAUUGAAGCCGGCGUUAAAUCAGCUUUACUUGAACUGACCCUUCUGGGAAGUACAUUGGCUCAGAAGAGGGCCUCAAGGAUGUUGGAGUGUUUAAGGGUUGAUAGAGGGAAACAGGUUUCGGAUCAUUUCAGUGGGAAUUCAUCUGCUCCGAUUUGUGGCUCUUCAUCUUCUUAUACGAACCCGAUUCUGGGUUCCGCAGAAGGUCAUUUGGAAGGAUUGGAUGAUUUGGUUAGCGAAGAGAAGAAGGCUGUGAAGCAAUUGGUGCGGCAGAGUCUGCAAAACAACAUGCGGAGAAUUGUGAAGAGAGCGAAUUUGCCUCAAGAUUUUGUGCCUUCUGAUCAUUUCAAGUCGCUCUCAUCAAGUUCCACCUCAAAAAGCUUGCCAUUUUGAGUGCUAAAUACCAGAUUCUGAAAUCUUGCUAUGCCACAAGGUUGGUGUCUGGAGCUGGCCGUGAAAGGAUAAAAAAAUACCUGAGCACUCAUCUCCACUGCACGAGGUAGAUGAAUGCAUUUAUAGCACCAACUUUACUUCUCUGUCAACUGCCAUAUAUUUUGUAAUUUAAUGCCUCUCCCUCUCUUUACUGUGCUGCUUUUAAGGCUUCUUUUGACUGAUUUUCUCUUCAUUUUGUUUUUGGCAUUCAGUAUCUGUAAAUAUCUCCAUCUUUUGCAUAUAUGUGUAUAUAUAUUAUAGCCCAUAUCCUUCGUCAACGUCUUUGUCGUAUUCAAUCUAACCAAUAGGGGCUGGUGAUACAGCGUAGUGUCCUUUAAUUUAUCUGAUUCCCUGUGUAAAUUAUUAACCAUGAACAGAACUCACCUACUCACGUUUAUUAUGUUCUUAUGUGGUCUAGUUUUGUCGAUUUAGGGUUAAAUUAUAAGUUUUAUCUUUUGUGAUUUGGACG